AUGACAAAAUUAACUAGUUAUGGCCCAAAAUAUCCAAUUAUUCGAGCUUACCGAUUAUGGUUUCUUUACCCGUUAACCAAAGAUUAUAAAGCUCAAUAUAAAAUUAUACAUAAUCAAAUUAAUUCGUAUUUCUAUCUGUGUAUACAAAAUAGAAAAAACACUCAUGAUUCAAAAAAAGACUCUAUACCUUUAUAUUCUCAUACCCCAUCAUCUACAAAAAUAUUAUUAACAAAACCUAAAAAUAAUUUUAGAUUCAGUAUGCAUCAAUUUGACACUUACAAUUUAGUUUCCACACUAGAAGCUACAGGAUUUACUCACAAUCAAGCUAUUACAGUUAUGAGGUCUAUUCAUGCAUUAUUAAUUGGUAAUUUAGAAACAGCAAAAACAAACUUUAUUUCUCGUUCAAAUCUUGAAAAUGAAAUACAUUUAUUUCGUGCAUCACAAUCUGAACUUAAAACAGAAAUUCAAUCUAUGAGAAAAAUUGAAGCAUCUGCUUUACGUGCAGAAACAUUAGCCUUACGAAAACAAUUAGAGACAUUAGAACAAACACUUAAAGAAGACUUACUGGCUCUUAAAAAUGAUGUAGCCAUAGAUUUUAAUGACAGAAAAAGUUCUAACAAAGCAGAAGAAAAAAAUAUGGAAAUAAAAAUUCAAGAACUUAAUAAUAAAUUCACAAUUAUACUUGGAGAAAUUCGAGCAAUGUUAGAAAAAAGUAAAUGGGAUGCUUCUAAAUAUGGAAUGUGUAAGUUUCUUAUUUAUGGAAAAAAAUUACUUAAUAUUAUAAAAGUUUCAAUAUUUAUCAUUGCAGGAUUUGCAUUAAUUGUUGUUUCUAUGCGGAAAACUAUUCAAGAAGAAAUAGAACCCAUAAAACCAAACCAAAGCUGUAAUGAAACAUUCAAUAAAUUAAAAAAUCAUACAUUAAAUAAUCAUGCACUAGAUGUUAUUUCUCUAGGAUAA